CUUUGAUCCCUUGACUUCACAAAUUCCAAUUUUACAUGCUUUCAGUGGAUGAAGUUGCAGCCAUGCAUUCUUCAACCGCAUCAAUCUCUUCCAAUUACCCUCUCAUUUCUGCUUUCGUUGCUUUUGCCCUUGCCCAAUCCAUCAAGUUCUUCACCACCUGGUUUAAGGAAAGAAGAUGGGAUCUUAAGCAAUUAGUUGGGUCUGGUGGAAUGCCAUCAUCUCAUUCAGCUACUGUCACUGCUCUUGCAUUUGCCAUUGGGUUGCAAGAAGGCUUUGAAGGAUCACUUUUUGCUAUUUCCUUCGUUUUCGCUUGUACUGUGAUGUAUGAUGCUACUGGUGUAAGAUUGCAAGCAGGACGCCAAGCAGAGGUUUUAAACCAAAUUGUGUAUGAACUUCCUGCUGAGCAUCCUCUAGCUGAAAGGAGACCACUUCAUGAACUUCUUGGGCACACACCCCCUCAGGUAAUUGUGGGUGGAAUACUUGGACUCUUAACGGCAGUUGGCCUUCUAAGACCCCUCGCAACAAAUUGAGGCCUUUCUUUCACUUCAGUUUCUGCUCUCAAAUUCUUCUCUCAAAAAAUAACUUUGCAUUUCAAGAACUUAACAUUUUUCUGUUCUCAUG